AGCAGCAGGUACGGCCUGUCUAACAGCUACGUAUCAGACUGCCCCUGUCAGAGCAGCAGGUACGGCCUGUCUAACAGCUACGUAUCAGACUGCCCCUGUCAGAGCAGCAGGUACGGCCUGUCUAACAGCUACGUAUCAGACUGCCCCUGUCAGAGCAGCAGGUACGGCCUGUCUAACAGCUACGUAUCAGACUGCCCCUGUCAGAGCAGCAGGUACGGCCUGUCUAACAGCUACGUAUCAGACUGCCCCUGUCAGAGCAGCAGGUACGGCCUGUCUAACAGCUACGUAUCAGACAGCCCCUGUCAGAGCAGCAGGUACGGCCUGUCUAACAGCUACGUAUCAGACUGCCCCUGUCAGAGCAGCAGGUACGGCCUGUCUAACAGCUACGUAUCAGACUGCCCCUGUCAGAGCAGCAGGUACGGCCUGUCUAACAGCUACGUAUCAGACUGCCCCUGUCAGAGCAGCAGGUACGGCCUGUCUAACAGCUACGUAUCAGACUGCCCCUGUCAGAGCAGCAGGUACGGCCUGUCUAACAGCUACGUAUCAGACUGCCCCUGUCAGAGCAGCAGGUACGGCCUGUCUAACAGCUACGUAUCAGACUGCCCCUGUCAGAGCAGCAGGUACGGCCUGUCUAACAGCUACGUAUCAGACUGCCCCUGUCAGAGCAGCAGGUACGGCCUGUCUAACAGCUACGUAUCAGACUGCCCCUGUCAGAGCAGCAGGUACGGCCUGUCUAACAGCUACGUAUCAGACUGCCCCUGUCAGAGCAGCAGGUACGGCCUGUCUAACAGCUACGUAUCAGACUGCCCCUGUCAGAGCAGCAGGUACGGCCUGUCUAACAGCUACGUAUCAGACUGCCCCUGUCAGAGCAGCAGGUACGGCCUGUCUAACAGCUACAUAUCAGACAGCCCCUGUCAGAGCAGCAGGUGUAUCCAUGGGCUGUGUGUGCCUAAGGCGUCAUCUUACAGUUGUCAGUGUGCUGAGGGCUACACAGGGCAGUACUGUGACAGGAGAGAGGAGCCCCAAGCCUGUAGGGGACACCAGUGUAGACACGGGGAGUGUAGAGUCACAGGGAGUGGGGAGCCCUCCUGCCACUGCCAGCCAGGCUACACUGGCCUUGCCUGUGCCACAGAUGUGACGUGCCAGGGAGAGGCGGUGCGUGAGCUGCUGAAGCGCCAGCAGCCCAUGAACACGUGCACCUCCACCAGUAAGAUCCACCGGGUGGAGUGUCCCCGCGCCUGUGACGGAGGCCUCUGCUGCGCCCCAUCUAAGAGCCGGAGGCGGAAAGUGUUCUUCAAGUGCACCGACGGGAGCUCGUUCUCUGAGGAGAUUGAAAUCACCCUGGAGUGUGGCUGUGCCAUGUGCCCAUUGUAAUAUCCAGCUAUCGCCAUGGAAACAGCCACAAUCGAAAUUAAGGACCUGCUGCCAGAGACCAAAAAUAAAAUAUAUUGUAAAAUAAAACAUAGAACUUAUUUUUAUUAAUGGAUUUUUUUUUAAAGAAGAGACUUGAUCAUUUUUUUUAAAUGUUUUAUAUUAUUGUGUCAUAUGAAGUUAUUUUGUAUCUAAAAAAAGAACAAAACAGAUUAACAUUCCUGAAAGUAUAUGAAUUUAUAUGUAUAAAUCUAUAUAAAUGUAUAACCCUAGCCCAUGGUUUUUAUUUGCCCAGUGUAUUAUUGCAUGUGAUUGUACGUGUUGAUACGAUAGGGGAGUUUUGGACACUUUAAAUGUGGACGAGAAGCUGAGGAAGCAAUUGUACAAAAAGGCUGUGCAGAGAAGGAGAAGAUGGUGCUGCAUCUCCUCAGACAUAAAAAAGAGAAAGGCAGUCUUUUUCCUGACCUUCAGCCAUGGAGGAGGCAAACAAGGAACUGUCCCACUUUGCUCCCCAGCUUUAUAACGGACCUUCCCCACCACCAAGCAGCUGAGCUCACGCUAAAGGAUCUGAACUCUUAUCCACAGAGCUUACAAACAGUGAUUUAUACUUUGUGCCAUAGGAAAACCUUUUACAUUGUUACUGAUUUGUAUUUGUUUGGUGUUCCACGUCAGAGAUUCUAGAGUACAAUGGGCCAAGAUGGCUUCUACAGUUUCUUGUCAGCCAGUGAAGUUCUCCUGAAAUUCUGUACUGUGUGUUUCUCUGUGUUUCUUACAUGGUUGCAUGACAGACACAGAGAGUCAGAGGCAGAAUGUGAACUUUGUUUUUGAUACGGCGACGGAAGACCCUGCCAAUAUACGAUGGUUCCGCCAUAGAAAUAGGAUCCUAGAAUCCUGCAUAUUUUAAUAAUAGAAGGUAUUCAAUUUCUAUGGAUUCUAUUUCUAUGACAAAGUCAUGAAGUUUGUCCUGGUGUCCAGGUAUCAUCAGCAAUGUAAGGUGUUGCUGAUGUGUCUGUGUGGUCACUGCUCAGUUGGAAAAGGACUUUAUAACACCUGGCCUGGGAAAUCUUUGUUGGACUCGAAUCAUAACCGUCCGUUACUACUAACACUAUUAAUGAAGCCCAUUAGUACCGGAUUGAUAUGAAGCCCAUGAAGUCAUCACAGGAUGUUAGGUCUCAUCACAGUCGUCCCCUUAUCAGUCAGAAUAUAUCCAGUAACAUUUUGUUCAUUUUGAAUGUAUUAUAGUACAACAUCAGGACACUGCUGUAAUGUACCGUACAUUUCAAAUAAAGUGUUACCAAAUAUACCUCAAUUGAGAGUUUGUCAGUGAUCAAGUUCCGUACUCCCCUUACCCCCAGUCCCUCACCCUAACUACUCCAAUACCACCAUGCCUCAAAACAUGACAUUGAAUGCUUCUGUAUGUAUGGAACGUGUAGGCUCUACAAUGUAAAUGAUCUGUUGUGAGAUGUCUUGUAUUCUAUAAUAAUAAUAUUAUGUUGGCCAUAAUAUAAGUUGUGUUCUCCAGACAGAAUUUAUUUCUGGUAAAACAUGAACUUGUGAGUAAUGAAUAAUUGUGUUGAAUGUUGAAAAUAAAACUACCGUGAAACGAG